GCUCAACUUGUUGACCUAAGUCCGGCUCAGGUCCCGCCCCACGCGAGCGAUUGGCCAGCGGGCCAGACCCGCGCGGUGAUUGGAGGGGCUGGGAUCGGGGCUGGGCCGGAAGGUGACCUGCAUCAUGGCCGCCGCGCCGCUGCUGAGAGACCGGCUCAGCUUUCUGCACCGGCUCCCGAUCCUCCUGAAGGGAACGUCCGACGACGACGUGCCGUGUCCGGGCUACCUGUUCGAGGAGAUCGCCAAAAUCUCCCACGAGUCGCUGGGCAGCAGCCAGUGCCUCCUGGAGUACCUGCUGAGCCGCCUGCAGAGCGGCUCCGGCCGCGUGAAGCUCAAGGUGCUGAAGAUCAUGCUGCACCUGUGUGGCCACGGCUCCUCCUCCUUCCUGCUCCUCCUCAAGCGCAACUCCGCCUUCAUCCAGGAAGCGGCAGGGUUCACGGGACCCCCGGACCCUCUCCACGGGAACAGCUUGUACCAGAAGGUGCGGGCGGCCGCCCAGGACUUGGGGAGCACCUUGUUCUCGGACACCUUGUCCCCUCCUCCCCCCGCCCAGCCUCCCAGGGGUGACUCGGGUUCCCCCGCAGGCAUGGGCUCCCAGUCCCGGCCCCAGAGCGCCCUCCAGGGCUUUGGCUACAGCAAGGAGCCCAGCCCCGCGGGCUCCACGGGGGAAGCCCUCCUCGCCACCCUCCAGAAGGCUGCGGAGGUGGUGGCCAGCGCCGUGCGCCCUGGGCCCGAGGGCCCCGGCUCCCAGGGGCCCCGGCUGCAGGGGGACGCCUACCAGCCCGCUGUGACGCCUUCCGCCAGCCACGGCCGCUUCGCCCCGGGGAGCCCACCCCCUGGUGCCUGCCGGGGUGCCCGAGCCGCCAGACACCAGCCGGGCCAGGCGGGCGGGGGCUGGGACGAGCAGGACAGCAGCCCUGGCUCGCGGGGUUCUUGCCAGGAGAACGGCCGGAGCAGGGCCUCGGGCUCAGGCACCUGGUCGGGCAGUGACAGCCCCUCGGGGGCCAGCGGGGCGCCCGGUGACCAGGCUGAGAGGGUGGAGGCCAUGGCCCUGAGCGACUGCCAGCAGGAGCUGAGCCUGGUCCGGACGGUGACACAGGGGCCGCACCCCUCCCUGAGCCCCGAGGAGGCUCAGCGCUUCAUCAGAGAGUGUGGGCUGCUCAACUGCGAGGCGGUGCUGGAGCUGCUGACUCGCCGCCUGGGCCUGCCCGGCGAGCACGCGCAGAUGAGAGCCCUGGGCGCCAUCGCCACCCUGGGGUGCACGGACCUGCUCUCCCAGGAGCACCUGCUGCUCCUCGCCGGGCCUCGCCUGCAGGAGCUCAGCACCCACAGCCCCGGGCCCGUGACCAGCAAGGCCACCAAGAUCCUGAGGCAUUUGGAAGCCUCCUGCCGACAGCACGCCGCUGCCCGGAGGCCGCUGGCCGAGCCCCGCCCCGCCUCCCCCUGCGUGGGCCCGGCUGACCUGCUGACGGACGCCCUGCCUCUCGCCGGGGCCCCCGAGUUCCUCCAGCCUCUGAGUUCAGUCCUGCCCUCCCCCAGGGGCCCUGCAGCUCUGGGUGGGCGCCCUGUCCCAGCCCUCGGGGGCCCCAGGAAGGCAGAGCCCAGACUGGCAGUUCCCAGAGACCAGGAGGCCAGCCCAGAGCAGGGCCGGGCGGGCUCGGAUGCUCUGAACGGAGGGCCGGCAUCCGGCCCAGGCCCAAGCGGCAGCCACACGUCCCUGUUCGCUGGCAUGGAGCUGGUGGCCUGCCCCCGCCUGGUGGAGGCGGGCCCUGGUGCCCAGAAGCCCCCACAGCCCCCAUGGACGCUGGCACCCAGGGCGGCGGCCCCAGAGCCUCCUGGCUCAGAGCCGUCGGCUUUCGCCUUCUUGAACUCAUGACCCGGCGGUGGCUGCGCACAGGCCCUCGGCCCUCCGCCCAGGUCGACGUCGGCCUCUCCCGCACCCUGAGGCCUCGGUGCGGGGAGCAGCCAGCCAGGUGAGCGCGGCGUGGACGAGCCGUCCACGACCGAGCAGGAGCCACGAGCUGGCCAGAACCACGUGGAGGAGGGGGCGGCAGGCAGGACUCGGAUGGGGGUGGUGCAGAGCCCCCAGUGCCUGCGGGCCCAGGGGCUGAGCUGGGUGCAGACUGGCAGCCGGCGGCCCAGGCCGCUGGGCCUCCCGCCUCACUGCCGCCCAGUCUGGCCGCCUGAGCACCGUCCGACCCGUGGUCCAUCUGCAGAUCCGGCCCCGUGCGGUGGGAAGGAGGGGGCUGGUGGUUGAGCUCGGAGGCAGACCUGCCGAGCUGUCUCCUGGGCCGUGUCGGAGGGGCCAGGGCCAGACACCAGGCGGGAAGGCAGACCUGGGCUGCGCGGUCUCCCUCCUCCCAGAGGCUGCUCUCGGCCUGGACCUCCCGUGGCCGCAGGGAGCCGGGCGGCAGGGCCUCGGAAGGAGGGUUCGUGUGGAUUGGAACCAGGCUCGGCUCUGUGAGCGCAGAGCCCUCCUCCUGCAGGGCCAUGGGCAGCCUGGGGCAGCCCUGUGGCCGGGGCACCCUCUGCCGAGGCUGCUUCCUGCAGACGGCAGGGCGGCCUCUCGGGAGCUUCCUGAAUAAACGGUUGUGUCACGGA